AUGUCUGCCUGGAAGUCUGCCGGUCUCUCCUACAUCCAGUACGCUAACAUUUGCGCUCGUGCCCUUCGCAACUCUUUGAAGAACGACCUUCGCGUCGCUGCUGAGGCCCGUAACCAAAACAACCUCAAGUUUGCCAAGUGGUCCAAGGGUGUCGCUUCUGAACAGAAACCCGUUGCCGAACACAAGCCCCAGCAACAAUAG